CAAUUACUUAGAUAACGACGCGACUUAGCAAGAAAUAGGUACUUCAAUUAUAGAUAUAAAAUUCGAACUUCGUUUAUACAAAAAUGAAUUUUGUUUUAUCAAUAUUAUAUUGUGGGUAUAUACAAAAUGAAGGUGUCCUUACUACUCCUUCUUGUGGUUUCAAGUGUAUAUUCUACACCAGAUUCCUUACCGUUUCCUGAAGGAUUUUUGUUUGGUGUAUCAACUGCCGCAUAUCAAGUAGAAGGAGGCUGGAAUCAAGAUGGAAAGGGGGAAAACAUCUGGGAUCAUCAGCUUCACACAAACUCGAAUAUCACUAUUGAUCAUUCAAAUGGUGAUGUUGCCUGUGACUCUUACAAUCGUAUUAAACGAGAUGUGGACAUUUUAAACAACUUAGAUGUGGAUCACUACAGAUUUUCCAUUUCGUGGUCACGAAUUUUACCCACAGGUUUGGAUGACAAUAUCAACGAAGCUGGUGUUAACUAUUAUAAAAAAUUAAUCAACGAACUUAAAAUAGUAGGUAUCCAACCUAUGGUGACUCUCUUGCAUUUUGAUCUUCCCCAGAAACUUCAAGAUAUGGGAGGGUUCCUAAACGAAUCUAUAGUCGACUGGUUUGGAAACUAUUCAAGGGUUGCCUAUAGACUUUUUGGAGAUGAUGUUAAGUUUUGGAUCACGAUAAAUGAACCUCUGACAAUAUGUUAUUAUGGUUAUGGUACAGGAGCCGUCCCACCUUUUAUUCAGUCAGAAGGUAUUUUGGAGUAUCAGUGUUUACGCAACCUUCUUAAAGCUCAUGCUAGAGCUUACCAUGUCUACGCUGAAGAGUUUAGAAAUAAACAACAAGGAAAACUAUCUAUGUCCUUUAAUACAAACGCCUUUCUACCUGGAAGUGACAAUCCCAAAGAUAUCGAAGCCACGGAGAGAGUUCAGCAAUUUAAUCUUGGAGUCUAUGCUCACCCAAUUUUCGUUGGAGACUGGCCAGAAAUAGUAAAAACCCGAGUAGCCAUCCGCAGUAAAUUAGAAGGAAGAAAUGAAUCCCGUCUUCCAGCAUUCACACCAGAAGAAAUUGACUACAUCAAGGGAACUGCCGAUUUUCUUGGACUUAAUACUUACACCGCCCAGUUGGUACUCGAUACAGGCGAAGAACCUCCGCUAGGAGAUCAUCCUACAAAAGAACACGAUGCGUUGAUAACUACUUUCCAAGAUGAUAAAUGGGAAGAUACGAAUGUUCCCACGGUAAAGGUUGUUCCACAAAGCAUAAAACCUUUGUUAAAGUGGAUCAAAGACCAAUACAACAACCCUGGAGUAUUCAUUACAGAAAAUGGAUACCCAUCCCCAGCAGGAGAUAUGUAUUUGAAAGAUGACAGAAGAGUACACUACAUUGAGUCUUAUUUGAGGUAUAUAAGAGAAUCAAUGGAAGAAGAUGAAGUUUCUAUGCUGGGAUAUACAGUUUGGAGUCUGAUGGAUAAUUUUGAAUGGAUCUUCGGCUACACUGUGAAGUAUGGUUUAUAUGAUGUUGAUUUCACCAGUCCAGAUUUAACAAGGGCGGCAAAACCAUCAGCUCAAUACUAUAAGGAGGUUAUUUUAACUAGAUGUGCUACUAUCGUUGGCUGUUUUAAUGAUUAACUUGUGAAUGAUAUACAAUAACUAUGUUAUUAUUAAUAUGUUAAAUAAAAUUUUAAUUUUAA